GUGUCUGUGUAUGUGUGUGUUAGUGUCUGUGUGUGUGUGCGUUAGCUUGUCUUUGUGUGUGUGUGCGUUAGUUAGUGUCUGUGUGUGUGCGUUAGUGUCUGUGUGUGCACUUCAGAGGCAUGCAGCGGCUUUGCAAGUCGAGGGGUGUGUUUCUGCGAGUCUGUGUGUGUGUGUGUGUGUGUGUGUGUGUGUGUCAGUGACGAGCGGACAACUGUGUGAGUUUGUGACGCGACCAGCAGCUCCUCUGACACCGAGAGAGGGGAGAGAGAGGAGAGAGAGAGAGAGAGAGGGGAGAGAGAGGAGAGAGAGAGAGAGAGAGAGAGAGAGAGAGAGAGAGAGAGAGAGAGAGAGAGAGAGAGAGAGAGAGGGGAGAGAGAGAGGACUCCCUCUUCUGAGUCGCUCCGAGAAGCACUUGUGGGCUGAGCUCUGAGAUGCUGCUGCUAAUCCUUGACCCCCUGGCUCUGUGAUCCACUUCCUGGGUCUGUAUUGGACUACCUGGCUCUGUGAUCCACUUCCUGGGUCUGUAUUGGACUACCUGGGUCUGUGAUCCACUACCAGGGCCUGUGAUCCACUACCAGGAUCUUGGAUGGACUCCCUGGGCCUGGGUCUGUGUUCUACUACCUGGGUCUGUGUUGGACUAUCUGGCUCUGUGUUCCACUACCUGGGUCUGUGUUGGACUAUCUGGCUCUGUGUUCCACUACCUGGGUCGGUGUUGGACUAUCUGGCUCUGUGUUCCACUACCUAGCUCUGUGUUCCACUACCUGGGUCUGUGUUCCACUACCUGGAUCUGUGAUCCACUACCUGGGUCUGUGUUGGACUACCUGGAUCUGUGAUCCACUAUCUGGGUCUGUGUUGGACUACCUGGGUCUGUGUUCCACUACCUGGGUCUGUGUUCCACUACCUGGAUCUGUGUUCCACUACCUCGGUCUGUGUUCCACUACCUGGAUCUGUGAUCCACUACCUGGCUCUGUGAUCCACUACCUGGGUCUGUGAUCCACUACCUGGGUCUGUGAUCCACUACCUGGGUCUGUGUUAGACUGCCUCGCUCUGGGUCUUGGCUGGACUACCUGGGCCCGGCUCUGUGCUCGGCUACCUGGGUCUGGGCUCCAUUACCUGGUCUUGAUCUGUGUUGGAACAGCUGAUCCCUUAAGGUGCAGCGGAUCCCUUAAGGUGCGGCCGAUCCCUUAAGGUCUAGCGGAUCCCUUAAGGUGCGGCCGAUCCCUUAAGGUGCGACUGAUCCCUUAAGGUGCGACUGAUCCCUUAAGGUGCAGCUGAUCCCUUAAGGUGCGACUAAUCCCUUAAGGUGCAGUUGCUCCUCCUGGCCUAGCCCGUGUUUGCGUUCUGGCCUAGCCCGUGUUGCGUGGACUAGCCCGUGUUACGUGGACUAGCCCGUGUUGCGUGGACUAGCCUGUGUUGCGUGGACUAGCCCGGGUUGCGGGGACUAGCCCGGGUUGCGGGGACUAGCCCGGGUUGCGGGGACUAGCCCGUGUUGCAGGGACUAGCCCGGGUUGCGGGGACUAGCCCGGGACUAGACUGCUGCGUUGGAUGCCCUCGAGGGGGGAUGGCUCUGAACAGGGUGUCCAGGCUCUGCCACGACAUCACCUGCCUGUGGCUGCGGCUCCAAGUCAUCACAGACGACAUCAUGCAGGGCCUCUCUGAGCCGGUCUCUGCGCUCCACAUCACAGCUCAGCUCCAGAAGAGGUUCGCCUACCUGCCAGGCGGUCGAUCGACCAAUGGGAACCCUCUCAUCGUUUUCCCAGAAUUCCCAGAGUUCAGCGAGUUGGAGGAGGAGGAGCUACAGAACGUCCUCAAAUACCUGACCAGCGUUCCAAGGGUGUCCGGCGGGGGGUUCGUCCUGCUGCUAGACAGACGUCUGGACCGAUGGGCCGCAGUGAAGAGCGCCCUGCACCGCAUAGCUGGCCUGUUCCCGGGGGGCCGUGUGGAGCUGGUCCUGGUGCUCCGCCCCUCCGCUCUGCUCCAGAGGACGCUGUCCGACUUCCUCUUCAAGGUCAACAGGGAUGACUUCAAGAUGAAGGUGGUGAUGCUAAGCUCUGUGACGGAGCUCCACGCCUACAUCGACCCCGCCCAGCUGACCACGGAGCUGGGAGGAGCCAGGGAGUACGACCACCAGACCUGGAUCUCCCACCGCACCGCGCUGGAGGCCUUCGCCCUGAUGGUGCGGACCACCGCCCAGACCCUCCAGGCCUUCGGCACCGAGCUGGCGGAGACGGAGCUCCCCAACGACGAGACCACCACCGGGGGGCUACUGGAGGACCACCGCACCGAAAAGGACCGCAUGAAGUCUCUGCUCCAGGUUGCUCUUCAUCAGGGCGGGGGUCUCCUCCUCCUCAUCAACGAGCCGCUGCAACGAGACGCCGACUACACCCUGAGCCCCGACGAGAAGGACGACCUGGACACCGUGCAGAGACUCCUGGGCCAGCUUGAUGAGACGGAGCGGGCGUUGGAGGAGUUCUGGGAGCGUCACCGCUCUAAGCUGGAGCAGUGCCUGCAGCUGCGCCGCUUUGAGACGCGCUUCAGGGAGGUGCGGGCCCAGCUGGACGCGUUGUGCGACCGUCUGUCUGAGUUCUCGGAGGUCAGCAUCAGCCCCGCCCACGCCGACCACGUGCUCCGCGAGCUGAUUGGCCACGAGGAGAAGGCCUACGAGGUGCUGGACCGUGCCCGCUCGCUGGCGGCGGACGGCGACGCCCUGAUCGCCGCCGGUCACUAUGGCGACGACUGCAUCCGGCCCAAGGGGGCAGAGCUGCGGGCGGCGGCGGAGGGCGUGGCCACGACGCUGCGGCGCAAGAGGGGCCUGCUGCUGAGGGCCCGGGAGCUGCACGCCCUACUGGAGACGGCCCUGCGGUGGUGCGAGGCGGGGGUCUUCCUGUUGGCGGGGCAGCCCGUGGACCGGGUCCAGACCCAGGAGGGGGCGCAGGCCGCGCUGGGGGAGCUGGAGCGCUACCUCGACACGGCGCCGCAGCACCUCCUGGGAGACCCCCCCGCCGCCGUCUGCGCCCGCUACGAGGCCGUGGUUACCGCCCAGCUCAGGGAGGAGGUGCAGCUGGUGUACCAGAAGCAGGCGUCGGUGCAGGAGAUGUUCGAGAGGAGGAGGGUCAGCCUGAAGAAGCUGGCGGCCAGACAGCCCCGCCCCGUGCAGCCAGUGGCCCCCCGACCGGAGGUCAAGUCCCCGCUGACCUCCCCCGAUCUACGGCGCAAGGAGACGAGGCAUUCAGAGGAGAACACGCUGCUGACCGGACUGCUGAAGACUAGCUCACCGCUGCCUAGCGGUACCAGACACACCUCGUUGUCGGAGGAGGAGGAGAACCUGGCCGUCAGACGAAGCCACGUGAUGAACGAGCUCCUGGAGACGGAGCGUGCCUACGUGGAGGAGCUGCUGUGUGUGCUGGAGGGCUACGCGGCGGAGAUGGAGAACCCGGCCAUGGCCCACCUCCUGCCCAGGGGCCUGCUGCACAAGAAGGACGUCCUCUUCGGGAACAUGCCCCAGAUCUACAGCUUCCACAAAGGAACGUUUCUCAAGGAGUUGGAAGCCUACACGGACUGCCCUGAGAUGGUUGGACGCUGUUUUCUAGAGCGGAUGGGAGAGCUGAGGAUCUACGAGGCAUACUGUCAGAACAAGCCUCGCUCAGAGAGCCUCUGGAGACAGUGGUCCGACUGCGCCUUCUUCCAGGCGUGCCAGCGGCGGUUGGAGCACAAGCUGGGUCUGGACUCCUACCUGCUGAAACCGGUUCAGAGGAUCACCAAGUACCAGCUGCUGCUCAAGGAGCUGCUGAAGGUGAGCCGGGGGUCCGCUGGAGCUGAGGACCUACAGGAGGCCCUCAGCUCCAUCUUGGGCAUUCUGAAGGACGUCAACGACUCCAUGCACCUCAUCGCCAUCACCGGGUAUGAGGGUAACCUCUCUGAGCUGGGCCGGCUCCUGAUGCAGGGCUCCUUCAGCGUCUGGACGGAGCACAAGAAGGGCCACGCCAAGGUCAAGGACCUGGCCCGCUUCAAGCCCAUGCAGCGCCACCUCUUCCUCCACCCGCGGGCCCUGCUCUUCUGCAAGAGGCGGGAGGAGGCCGGAGAGGGCUACGACAAGGCACCGUCCUACAGCUUCAAGCACGCCCUGGAUAUGAGUGUGGUGGGGAUCACGGAGAACGCCAAAGGAGACCACAAGAAGUUUGAGAUCUGGUGCAACUCCAGAGAGGAGGUCUUCAUCGUCCAGGCUCCGUCCCCGGAGAUCAAGACCUGCUGGGUGAACGAGAUACGCAAGGUUCUCACAGAGCAGCUGCAGGCCUGCCGAGAUGCCAGCCAACAGAAGAGCUUUGACUCCCCCAGUCCAACCAGCAACAACAGCAGCAGUCCUUUCCGAAGUUGCAACCCGAAGAGCCAGAAAAAGCCGGAAGAGAAGAAGGUGGAGCCUAUCUUAACCUCCGACCCCACCCCCCCCUCGUCUGGCUCCUCCCCCAAACCCAGAGAUGAGGCGGUGUCCCCCUCCUCCACCCCCACCUCAGGCUGCAGGAAGAGGUUCAGUCUUCAGGGCUUCGGGAAGACCACCAAAGGAGCCCCAGUGAGUCCGGACCGGACCAGGAGCCAGUCUCUGAAGACAGAAGCCUCACCCUUUGGGUUCAGAGGGUGGGCCAAGGCCUCCCUCUCGGUGGACGCCUCGGAGGAGCAGGAGGAGGAGUUCUCCAGCGGGGAGGAGCCUGUGACCUCCGACCCCGAGGACGAGGACGGGAAAAAGCAGAGCCCCGCGACGCACACGGUGACGACAGACUGUGAGAGGGCGGGCCCACAAGAGCUGUCCGUCAAGGCCGGAGACCUGGUUCAGCUAAUCAGAGAAGGGGAGGCCGGACAAUGGUUUGUGAAGGACCUCCGCAGUGCGACGGAGGGGUGGGUGUCUUCAGCCAUCCUCCAGGCCCUGCCCUCCCAGUCCCUCACCAGCUCAGAUGGCAGUGUGUCGGGGAACCUCAGCACCUCCACCAGCUACAGCGAGAGCUACACCAGCUACUCCGACAUCCGACCCUGAGGCUCAGAGCCUCCACCCUCCUCCUCCUCCUCCUCCUCCUCCUCCUCCUCCUCCCCAACCUCCUCCUCCUCUUCC